GACGCACUUCCGGGGCCGCGGAGCUGGGAAGAUGGCGGCGCCCAUGGAGGUGGCGGUGUGUACGGACUCGGCCGGGCAGCUCUGGAGUUGCAUCGUCUGGGAGCUGCACUCGGGCGCCAACCUGCUCACGUACCGCGGCGGCCAGGCCGGACCUCACGGCCUGGCGCUGCUGAACGGCGAGUACCUGCUGGCGGCGCAGCUGGGCAAGAACUACAUCAGCGCCUGGGAGCUGCAGCGGAAGGACCAGCUGCAGCAGAAGAUCAUGUGCCCCGGGCCCGUCACCUGUCUGACCGCGGCGCCCAACGGCCUGUACGUCCUGGCGGGGAUUUCGGAGAGCCUCUACCUGUGGGAGGUCUCCACGGGGAACCUCCUAGUCAUCCUGAGCCGCCAUUACCAGGAUGUCUCGUGCCUGCAGUUCACGGGGGACAGCAGCCACUUCCUCUCGGGGGGCAAGGACUGCCUGGUGCUGGUGUGGGGGCUCUGCAGUGUGCUGCAGGGGGACCCCUCCAGGAUCGCCGCCCCCCGGCACGUCUGGUCCCACCACACGCUGCCUGUCACAGACCUGCACUGCGGCUUUGGCGGGGCCCUGGCCCGGGUGGCCACGGCCUCGCUGGACCAGACGGUGAAGCUCUGGGAGGUCUCCUCGGGUGAGCUGCUGCUCUCGGUGCUGUUUGACGUGGGGAUCGUGGCCGUGACCAUGGACCUGGCCGAGCACCACAUCUUCUGUGGCGGCAGCGACGGCUCCAUCUUCCAGGUCGAUCUCUGCUCCUGGCCCGGGCAGCGCGAGAAGACCUUCCAGCCGGAGCAGGAGAGCGGGAAGGUGUUCAGAGGGCACAGGAACCAGGUGACCUGUCUGUCCGUGUCCACCGAUGGCAGCCUGCUCCUGUCGGGCUCCCAUGACGAGACCGUGCGUCUGUGGGACGUCCAGAGCCGGCAGUGUGUGCGGACUGUGCCCCUCAAAGGCCCCGUCACCAACGCCGUCAUCAUGCUGGCGCCCCUGGCCAUGCUCAGCCCCGACCUCAGGCCCAGCCUGCCGCUGCCCACCUUCAACAGGCACCUGCUGGGCGCCGAGCACGGGGACGAGCAGCACCGCGGGGCGCUCACGCUGCGGCUGGGCCUCCACCAGCAGGGCUCGGAGCCCACCUACCUGGAGCGCGCGGAGCAGCUGCACGCGGUGCUGUGCCGCACCAUGGAGAAGAACGUGCUGGGCGGCCAGGAGCAGCUGCGCAUCCGCGUGACGGAGCUGGAGGAGGAGACGCGCAACCUGCGCAAGAUCAACCGCGACCUCUUCGACUUCUCCACGCGCGUCAUCACGCGGCCCAAGUGAGGGCGCGGAAGCCCCGGGGGCGCCGGGCGACCCCCGCCCGCACCGCGGCCCGGCCUGGCACCCCCGGGGCUUGGACUCUGGUGGUUUGGGGGUGUCGUCUCACGGGGUCUUUUGUGUCUUGUUGGUGCUGCUCGUUUUUACAAAAGUGAUUUAAAAGCC